GUCAACAACGGUCUAAUUGGAAUCUGUCAAAAUGUUAUACUUCAAAGUAAAGGAGUUUAGUUAAUGUCAAAAUGUGUACGUGGUUUGCAAAAAAAAACUACAUCUCAAUUUAUCAGUAUAAAAUGAUAUUCCUGCUAGUUUGUUAUGUUCGCAUGAAUUUCCUUGUGUUUUAAUAAAUUAAUUUGCAUUGCUAGCCAAUUUGUUGAUAAUGCGAAAAGAACUCUACAAUCAGUUGUAUGUGUAGUUUUGUUGUGUAGAUAAGUGAAUCUCGUUUUUAUUUUUAAGAAUCUGUGUCCAUGUUUUGGGAUCAUGUUUACCGUAACAGGCACAUCAUGCAAGAGUUUGAAGACAUAGAGGUACACAAAACCAGUGUAUCAGUGUUUGUUGCCCUAUUUUAUUUAGAAAUGCUUUACAUUUUAAUCAUGACGCUGUCUAUUCUAAAUAGAUUGAAUCAAAACUUACCGUCGUAAACUUACCAGAGUUACCUAUAUUUACAUUAGCCUUUUAGUUACAAUAAACCAAGAUGAUCCGUAAACCAAAUAUCCAGGGCAGAUUUUAUCUUUCACAAAAUGAAGAAGACACCAUCUACCUAGACAAUUGCAGGGUACCACAGCACCAUAUUGAAGGCAUUCGCUUCCUCUACAAACAGUUUAAAAGGAAAAGGAAUGGAGUGAUUAUAAAUGAUCCGCUGGGUUUUGGCCGAAAUAUCCAAAUAACUUUGUUCCUGAAAGCUGUCCAUCCAUUGCUCAGCAGACCGGUACUGAUACUAUGUGAGGAGGGGAGUGAAAAUGACUGGUAUGAACGGUUCUUUACGUGGACAGAUUUAUCUGAUGAUGUUGUUAUAGAGACAAAAAAUCCGAUGUUGAAGAAGGCAGUGAUCAUCAAUACGAUGGUGAACCUGCACUUGUUCUGCGCUCGUGACUGGAGCAUCAUCAUCGUGGACGGGGAUAAAGUCACCUCCACCAACCCCUUACUCAAGCUACCGUUAAGAUCCAGUUUCAAGAUAUGGAACACUCAAGUUAAUCUUAAGGAAAAUCUGGAUAGGUUUGAAGAAGUAUACAAAUGGAUGUAUCCACAGGAAUCAUUUGACAAAAACUACUUCAUUGCUAACCCCGACAGCGCUGUAGAUGUGAUAGAGAAAUCUAUUCUUCUGGAUUCCUUUCUAGAAGACAUUCUCAUUCGACGGGAAGAUCUAAAUUCUUCUUUCAAGAAAUACCAAAGAGAGGUGAUGAUGCCGCCACCAAAGACUACAACGAUAAUGCCCUCGAUACACCCUACUUUGAACUCCCCUAACACGACCAUCACGCCGGUCGUAGGGCCGGCGCCUCCGCCCCCGCCCCCCGCUCCUACUCCUACCGUCAUUAUAACUAAGAAGAACAAAGACGCGACCGGGACUAAGAUAAAACGAUCGAAAACAAAAAUCGAAGCGGACACCGCUAACAAACCAUACGAACCUAUACUACCAAUAACUACCAGCAUCACCAAAGUCGUCAGUGAAACACCCAAAACUUUUGAAACGUUCGACACCAAUGAGGACUUCAGUAUUGAAAAUUAUAAAAGAAAAAGCAAAGACAAUAUUGUAAACAAUGACAAACCUAUUCAAAUAAUAGAAAUUGACAAUCGUUGCGACAUGAAAUCUUAUUACGAACAGGGAGCCGAGUCGAAGUCAGCGGAUAAGUUGGAAGAAAUGGACACACUAGUGUUUGGACACGAUACUUUCAUUAGCAAGGUGUCCGAUCACUACAAGCCUGGACAUGCGGCCUCAGACAAAAAGGAGACGGAACCACACACCAUACUCACGUGCAAGCCAAUUGGGGAGCAAAGUACUCAUAAGUUAUACACAGACAACAAAAUAUGUAGCAGCACAGUCACUUCAAGCUCCAGAAAAAUUUAUGAUCCAUCGCAUCACGACCCUGAGAGAGAUAAAAAGAAUGAUAGGGCAAGUUUAUUAGCGCGACACGUCGAUACCGCUAAAGUGAACCUCGAGGAACUGAAUAAAGAAAUGAGGGAUCUCGGCACUAGAGACAAUCCCGACAAAGUAUCUAAAAGACAAAAAACAGACAGUGCGCCCAAAUCUGUAAUAACAUUUGAACAAUAUAAAACGAAAUCAAGUUUAUCUAACACACAAGUCAGUGCUUCCGGAAUCCUUGGCUCCGGCACAGAACAAGUCACAAAUAGUCUUAAACGUAAUAACAUAGAUGAUAAGAUGAAAGAAUGCGAGGAAAAGGUCUCUAAGAAAUUCAAGGGUUCCUUUUUAGAUAGUCUGUUUUGAAUGUGUGUGAGGCUAAGCUAAGUCUGUGUUAGGUCGUAAAAAUAAAUGUUUUUAAAAGUCUGAAUGUACGCUUGUCUCAUUCCGCCUAUCCUAAACUUAACAAAAGUUGUACAUUAUAUUUAUACAAGAUUUCCUAAUUGUUUUUGUGUUACUCCUAUUAAAAGACGUAGGCAAAGUAUUGUAUUGGAAGACGCUUAGUGCAUCUGCAUAUAAUCAUUGCAAUUUAUAGCGAGUAAAGUAUAGACCUCUGUUAUGUCUGAAAAAUUGUAAGUCUGCUCAUUUAAUCGUCGGCUUUCGUUCUCGGCUCAUUACAACUACUAUUCAUUUAAAGGAUAGCAAUGCCUCGUCACAAAUGGGCGUAGGUCGGCUCGACCGGCGUGAUACCACAGCCUCAAAGAAAACCGCAGUGAAACAACUACAGACGCCGUGUCAGUGAGGUUACCAGAGAACCAAUCCCAAAAUCUCCAAAUCCCUUAUCCCGAUAAGGUCGCAAUGAACUCAUAACUCCUACGUUUUUGCGUGUCUCCAUAGGCGACGCUGAUUGCUUACCAUCAGGUAAUC